CGUUAUUGGUUGUCCAACCAGAAUGCUCCCCCAAGCAGAAAACAUGGCAGCAGCGUGACGUAUUAGCAACAGCAGCAGCAGCCUCCCUGAAUGCCCAGACUCAUCUUGUUUAGAUCAUCUGUCUCCUGCUGUGUUCCAGUGCCACCAUGGAUGCCCUGACUGAAGCACUCUCGGCCAGCUUCGCUGUGUCCAAGGAGCCCAACAGUACAGCUGCCCCCCACCCUCGGAUGGCUCAAUAUAAGAGCAAGUACAGCGUGCUGGAGCAGAGUGAGCGAAGGCGCCACUUUCUCAACCUGCAGAAAAGUAAAAGGUUAAACUAUGUGAACCAUGCGCGGCGCUUGGCUGAUGGGGACUGGACAGGGGGGGACAGCGAUGAGGGGGAAGAUAUGGAGAAGCAGGAAGAGGGGGAGCAACAGCAGGAUGGCUGCACAGAAGAGGGGAUGGAGAUCGAGAGGAGGAAGUUGCCAAAGCAUUACGCUAACCAGCUCAUGCUGUCAGAGUGGUUGGUGGAUGUACCCUCAGAACUGGACACUGACUGGCUGAUGGUGGUCUGUCCUGUUGGGAAAAGGUCUCUCAUCGUUGCCUCAAAGGGCUCCACUGCUGCUUACACUAAAAGUGGCUAUUGUGUGAACCGUUUCCCCUCCUUGCUGCCCGGUGGGAACAGACACAACUCUGCCAUGGGAAAAG